AUGAAUACCGACUUAAAACUUUUUGAGGUGUCUGCUCCUUUGCCAACAUUACCACCUAAUGCUACCAAGGAAAUCACCACCGAUCUUAUUAAAAGCUACGCCCUCGAAAACAAUUUUGAAUUGACUAAAGUUCGCUCUUCAGAAACCAGAAUUCAUUUUCAAUGUAAAAGAGGCGGUGUUUACCGUAACACUCGUGAAUUAGCCGAAGCUAAUCGUAAGCGUCAAAAGGACAGUUGCAAAUGUAACUGCCCUUAUUACAUUAAAGUAAAAACAACCAAGGAUGGAGGUUUUUCCUACACUCAACCUACCGGGGAUGAACAUUUUCAUAAUCACCCACUCAGUGCAGAAAAUGUUCUUUUGAGCAGUAAUGGAAGAAAGAACAAGCUCAAUUCUGACGAUGUUGAAAAAAUUCAGAAGGGUAUCGAGCAGGAAAUACCAACAAAGUUGAUCCAAAAAUUGAUCAGCGCUGAAAGUGGCGUCAACAAGUUGACAGUUCAUGAUAUCAACAAUUUAAGAUACAAAAAUACGGAUCGUGUGAACCUUCGGUCUGACGAUGGAGCUAAAUUGCUCAUCCACCACAUCGAGAGUAAAGGCUAUAACACUGCAUACAGAUGUGAUCCUAUAUCUAGAAACCUUGAUGGAUUAUUUUUCACCAAUGAUACAUUGGUUGCGAGAGCUAAGCGUUUCUCCGAGGGAAUGUUUUCCCUUCAACCUCUUGAUUUGGCUUUCAGCACCAUUGACAGUAAUCUGAGCAAUUUUGAAAGAGGAUAUAAGGACAUUGAAAAUGGGGAAAAACAUAAGGUGGAUGUUCGCGUUUCUUUGGAGCCUCGUUUGGCCCAUUUGAUCGGGAAAGUAACUCACCGUGCGUUGGUUUCCCUCCGUACUGAGCUUUUAAGAAAAUCGGUUGACAUUUCCAGUCCAUGCAGUUGUCAAUGCCGACUAAAUUAUGGUCUCCCUUGCUUUCACGACUUGCAACGUUUGGAAAAAAUUAAGAUGGAAAACAUUCCAAGCAGAUGGUGGUUUGAACGCCAACAAAGUUCAAUCCGUUAUGAAGAAUUUUCUGUUGAAGCUGAAACAUUAGAAGUAAUCCAGCAACCUUGGGAUGACUGUCUGGCAAAAGUCGAACAAACUUUUAGAUCGUUCGAUGGAAAUUCGCAAAGUAUCUCCCAGUUCAUACGGGCUAUAGAGAGUGUGAUGACUAUUAUGAUUGAAGAUGAAACAUACGUAGACGAACUAUCUUUACGUCUUCCCUCAAACGAAGACGUUAAAUCACCUGGUAGGCCCAAGAAGACGGUGAGGCUCAGUGCUUUGAAAAAGGAUCACGCCAAGAAAACAGCAAGUAACCUUGCAAUCCACAAAGUCGAAUUGGAGAAUGACGACGAUGAAGAAGUUUGGGAGGUGAAGGGCCUGAAGAGAGAAGCUGAUGAGUGGGUCGGGAUGCCUGAGAGAACGAAGAGGCGAAAGGUUGAUUUGGGUGAAGAGAACGAGAACUUCUUGAAAUUACAUUUGUCAAUCGACAAAUCUAAUGUGAAAGCCGUUUAUGAUCCCGUUGGAGACGGUUAUUGUGGCUUUAGAGCAAUAGCCUUUUUGCAUUACGGUGACGAGAACAAAUUCCAACUCGUGAAAAAGGAUAUGUUGCUGGCACUAGAAAAGAACAAGGAAUAUUAUGCAAAUAUUCUUGGCCAAAAUGUCGUUGAGUUAAAGGUCACGAUAAGCAGGGGAUUAAAAGAUGCAGCAGAAUCAGCAAUCUGGUUUAAAAGCCCAGGUUGUGCUCAAGUUGUUGCUGAUGCGUACAAUACUCCUGUUUGCGUUUAUAACUGUCCCCUGGCUACAUCUCGCCUGGACAAUCCUAUAACGUUUCUUCCGGUGAGUAUGCCUGUGAGACCCAAGGCUAAAGUGCAGCCAUACUUGCUACAAAACGUGGAAAACAAGCACUGGUUGGCAUUAAAGUUUGGUCACUUGCAGACAAAGUAUCCACCUGUAACUCACCUGUAUUUCAACAUUGAUAAUUCGUACGAGACUCUGUUCAAGACGACUUGGAACCUCUUCGGACAAUUCCCCAAGUUUAGAUCUUCAGAUGAACCAAAGGGUGAGCCAGAGAUGAUUCAAUUGUUGGAUUAA